CUGGCAUCGCUGCUCCCAGCUGUCAGAUUGGUUGUUCUGUCGCUUAGUCAGAGAAAAUAGGCAAAAAUCGCUAUCAGUGGGAGUGUUUUUAACAGUUUUGUUGUAUAAUUUUAAGACAAAAUCAAUACACCGAAACAACCUAGCAGAAUGGCCGCAACGCUCAAACCGUAUCUGACUGCCGUUCGUCACACCCUGACUGCUGCGAUGUGUCUGACUAAUUUCUCCUCGCAGGUGGUCGAGCGUCACAACAAACCGGAGGUCGAGGUACGCUCCAGCAAGGAACUGCUGUUGACCCCGGUAGUCAUAUCCCGAAAUGAAAAAGAACGGGUGCUGAUCGAAACCAGUGUCAACUCGGUGCGGAUUAGCAUUGCCGUCAAGCAGGCGGACGAAAUCGAAAAGAUCCUCUGCCACAAGUUCACCCGCUUUAUGAUGAUGCGGGCGGAGAACUUCAUUAUCCUCCGGCGGAAACCUAUUGAGGGCUACGACAUUAGUUUUCUGAUUACCAAUUUUCACACCGAACAAAUGUACAAGCACAAAUUGGUGGAUUUCGUAAUUCACUUUAUGGAAGAGAUCGACAAAGAAAUUAGCGAAAUGAAGCUGGCGGUAAACGCGAGAGCUCGCAUUUGCUCUGAGGAAUUUCUGAAGCGUUUCUAGAGUCUGCCGGACGGAACAAAGCAAUUCAUUUAAUUAUUCCCGUGUUGCACACGUUCGAAUUAGCAGUUGCGACACCGAUGAAGGUCAGUUUGGUGCGGAAUUGUUUAGGAACUAAUAUCGAAUAGUGUUCUGUUUUGCUACUAGCUCUUAUUUUUAGGAAGUCUUACUAAUACGAUUCCAAACAACAGUCCUUACAUGCCCCCAAAGCAAGAGCGAACAGGCUGCUUCGGUAUGCUCUUAUAUUAAGCUGUAAAAGUAUUAUAAAACGAUAUAAAAAAUCCCGUUUAAUCAAUAA